GUUGGCACAAGAUGGGGAACGAGUCGAGCCGGCCCGCCGUCGACCCCGCGGUCCAGGCGCAGGCGGACGCCAAGACGAUCCGCCGCAUGGACAAGGUCAUCCGCAAGAAGGUGCGAGGCGGCCUGACGUACAACAUGAAGCUGCUCAUCCGCGGCGAGAGGGGCACGGGCAAGACGUCGCUCAUGGCGCGCCUGCAAGGCCAGCCGAUUCCGCCGACGCACGAGCCGACGCGCGAGAUCCAGACGGCGUCGAUCCAAUGGACCAUGCAGACGCACGAAGACACGGUGAAGUGCGAGCUCUGGGACGUCGUCGACGUCGGGAUUCCGUCCGAGGACCCGAUCGAGGCGCCGUCGCCGGACGCCGUUGGCCGCCACCCUGUGGCCCUCGUCGACGCGCAGGCCGUUGACGUCUACCAGAACGCCCACUGUGUCAUCUUCCUCAUGGACAUCACCAAGUACUCGACGCUCGAGUACGUACGCACUCAGCUCGACCUUGUGCCCGUGCACAUCCCAACUCUCGUGCUUGGGACGUUCCGCGAUCUCCGGAAGGACGACGUGACGCUCAAGCGCGCGAUCUUCAAGGACGACGUCCAGACGCUGCUGUACGGCAGCCACAAGGACCACAAGCUACCCGGCUUUCGGCGACCGUCCGAGGUGCACUACUUCGAAGCCUCGCUCUCCAACUGCUAUGGCUUGAAGGCGCUGCACACGUACCUCGGCGUCCCGUUCCUGCAUCUCAAGGUGGCGACUGUCAAGCAGCAGCUGCGGCUUCUUGAGACGGAGCUCGCGAGCACAAAGGCCCAAGUCGACGUGUCGAUCGCCGGUCAAAAGUACAGUGACUUUGUCGCCAACUUGGCGGGUGCAGACGUCAAGACUGGCCGCCGCGUCGCUGCACCAGCCGCUGCCGCUGCCUCCGAGCCGCUCAAAGUCGACGAGCUCGAGGAUUUGCCCGAACGCGACGUCGGUGCCGACGGUGCGGCGAGCCCGGUGCCACUCCGGAUUGUGCACAAGGCCCCAGCACCAGCGCCGGUGGCCGCACCCGCCGCCGCUGUCGCUGCACCGGUGGCCAAAGUACCGGCGAAGGCAGCAACGACCAAGGCCGACGCGCCGCGGACGUCGUGGAGCAAGAACGAGACGCUCGAAGACUUCACCGUCAAGACAGACAUGGACAAGUUCUACUCGUCGGACGAGGACAGUGGCGACGGCACCGACGAGGACGUUGUCGUGCCCACGAGCGUCGUCGCGCCCCGCGUCUUUCGCAAGCAAGAUUUCAUCUACAGCGACUCGGACGACGACGACACAGCCAUGUACGCGCGGCCCAAGAUGUCCAAGAAGAAGCCAACGGCCAAGAAGCCCGCGUCGCCGCCGCCAAAGGCCAAGCCAGCGAAAGCGACUGUGGUACCGCCACGCUCCCCUGUGAAGCGUCCCGCGUCACCCAAAGCACCGUCGCCGGCGCCUGCGCCCGUCGUUGAGGCGCUGCCACUGCCAGAGGUCGUCGCUGUCGUGGCUGCGGCACCGUCGCCCAAGGCAGUGCCGCCGCCGGUGGCCGCGUCCGACUCGGACGACGACACGCCGGUGCCCGUCGACGUGCCAGCGUACAUAACACUGCCGCGCCGUGCGUCUGCUCAGAACCAUGCUGCCAGCACGAACGAGGACGACGACGCAGAUAGCAUUGCGACUGGUUUGGAUGACGAGCCUUGGGCGACCAACUCGAUCGAGUUUUCCGACGACGACGAUGAUGAUGGAAAGGCACCUGGUCCCACGGUCGCCGAUUUGCCGCCUGCCGUGCGUCCCUCGAACGACGAUGGUGACGCCAGCGUGCGGACGUCGGUGCAAGGUCACGCAUCUGGCAGCGAUAGCGACGCCGCCGAAUCCCGACCCGCCGUUCUCUCCGACUCGGAGGGCGAAGUAUCGUUGCCUGCCCAGCCCGUCGUUCACUCCGACUCGGAGGACGACGCGCCGUUGCCUGCUCGACCGGUGGUGCUGGACGAUUCGGAGCCGGAAGACCAGACACCGGUGCCAACACCACAUGCGAUUCCGCGGAAUGAUGCGUCGGACGACGACGACGACGUCGUGCCAAGUCGCCCGGUCGUCCUAAGCGACUCGGAUGACGACACAGCGCCGUUGCCGACGCGACCGAUGGUUUUGAGCAACAGCGACGAUGAUGACGACGCACCUGCGCCGAUGCCGGUGAUCGCUGCUAGCCAUUCCGACGACAAGCGGUCAAAGGUAGCCGACGUCCAUUCCGAUGACGAAGCCCCGUUGCCGUCACGACCGGUCGUCUUGGACGACGAUUCGGACGCCGAGCCGGGACCGACGUCAGGAUCGUUGGGCUUGCCGUCACUGCCGAUUGUGAACGUGAUCACGUCGCAGCCGUCGCCCGUAGUCCUCGCCAAGCCCGUGGUGAAGAAGACACCCACGGCACGAAAAGCAAAGAUGGUCGUCGCGAUGAGUGACGACGACGACGACUCGGACGCGCAUCCCGUGCCAGCGCCCGUGGUAGCUCCUGCCCGCCGUCGCAAGGUGUCGACCAGCGACGAAGAUACCGGGGACUUUAAGGUGGAGAGGAGUACGACGAGCUUUUGGAAUGCCAAGGACGAUGACGAUGAUGACGAAGACGAUACGAAGGAGAUUACGUACACGCGAGCACCUCGCAAGGCGCGGGCAGCCAUGCCAGCACUGCCAACGGCAUUCUCGGUCACGUCGGCGCCGACCCCCGCGCCCGUCCAGAUGAACAGCAGCGUUUUGGCGGCGAUCGAGGAAGCCAAGCGCGCGGCCCUCGCCAUGCUCGCCGAGCCGUCGCCGUCCGUCGACGCGUCCGUGGCACCUGCUGUGUCGUCAUCGACCAAACCGUCGCGGGUCAAGACCAAAAAGUCGGACAAGCCCAAGAAGGACAAGAAGGAGAAGAAGCCCAAGAAAGCCAAGAAACCCAUGACCGUGCUCGACAGCGACUAACUUUUUUUCUAAUUAUAGUCGUGGAAAGGCCGCCUUUUGAGUUUGCA